UGAGCACAGGAGAGCAAGCGGUGUAGUUUUGUAGUAGAGAACAGGUCGGUGGGGCAAAGCUUCGCCAGAGUCAUUGACUGCUUUUGGAAACUUCAGGGUGGGAAACUGCCUAUUUUCUCCACUUUCAAUCUCCGAGAAAUCGCAGGAUUUCAGGAGCCAUGGGUCUGUUUUUAGCCUUGGUUUAGGGUGAGUGAUUUCCUUUACUUCCACGUCUAAAGAGCAGCAACUGAUUCCGGAGGGGACAGAGUCUCCUUCAAGGAAGCUGGCUCAAAGGGAAAGAUGGUGGGGAAAACACAAAAGCCCAGAGCUACCUCAUUCCAAGACGCACCUGCUCUGCAAUUUAGGAACAACCCUCUAUAACUACUUCUGCUAGCGGCAGCCCAGAAGACAAGCGCAUGCGCAGUAAGCACAACUUCGGCUCGCCUGCAGACGUCAUUCUGGAUCGGCGGCUCCGCCCUUCUCAAGAUGGCGCUGUUCUCCGUGCGGAAGGCGCGUGAGUGCUGGCGCUUCAUCCGGGCACUUCAUAAAGGACCCACAGCUACUGCGGCUCCCCAGAAGGAGAGCGGGGAGCGAGUGUUCUCUGGCAUUCAGCCUACAGGAAUCCCCCACCUGGGAAAUUACCUUGGAGCCAUCGAGAGCUGGGUGAAGUUACAGGAGGAGUACGACACGGUGAUAUACAGCAUCGUGGACCUGCACUCCAUCACUGUCCCCCAGGACCCCGGCAUCCUGCAGCAGAGCAUCCUGGACAUGACUGCCGUGCUUCUUGCCUGCGGCAUAGACCCAGAGAGAAGUAUCCUUUUCCAGCAGUCUCAGGUGUCUGAACACACUCAGUUAAGUUGGAUCCUCACCUGCAUGGUGAGACUGCCUCGACUACAGCAUUUACACCAGUGGAAGGCGAAGGCUGCGAGGCAGAAGCAUGAUGGGACAGUAGGCCUGCUCACAUACCCUGUACUCCAGGCGGCAGACAUUCUGUGCUACAAGUCCACACACGUUCCUGUCGGGGAGGAUCAAGUCCAGCACAUGGAACUGGUUCAGGAUCUAGCUCGGAGUUUCAACCAGAAGUAUGGCGAGCUCUUCCCACUGCCCAGGUCCAUUCUCACAUCCAUGAAGAAAGUGAAAUCUCUUCGUGACCCUUCUGCCAAGAUGUCAAAAUCGGACCCUGACAAACUGGCCACUGUCCAAAUAACAGACAGCCCAGAGGAGAUCGUACGGAAAUUCCGCAAGGCUGUGACGGACUUCACGUCAGAAGUCACCUACGAGCCGGACAGCAGACCUGGUGUCUCCAACAUGGUGGCGAUCCAUGCGGCCGUGUCAGGCCUCUCGGUGGAGGAGGUGGUGCGCAAUAGCGCAGGCAUGGACACUGCACGCUACAAGCUGCUAGUGGCCGACGCUGUGAUUGAGAAAUUUGCUCCAAUCAGAAGUGAAAUUGAGAAACUGAAAAUGGAUAAGGACCAUUUAAGAAAGGUUUUACUUGUGGGAUCUGCAAAAGCCAAAGAAUUAGCCUCUCCUGUGUUCGAGGAGGUGAAGAAGUUGGUGGGGAUUCUGUAGGAAGGUCAGCCAGUCACUGCACACCAAUGAAGGCAGCUUUUCUCCCACAGAGCUUAGCCUGUCCAUAUUUAGUUCAGUUUGAUGAUCAGUUGCAUUUGAUGAAGCCAUCAACUGAGCAAUGUUCCAGUCCCAUCAGCAAAUGCUGUAAUUGAGAGCUGAGGCAGGCACAGCUCUUCUGCUCAAGUUAAACGAGGCCCAUUUUUUGGUCUGAAGUAUUCCUGCAAACUUGAACAGUGACUGAGCCAUGAAACGUGCUUGCUGUGUAGAACUUACUGUAUCAGGUGCACUUCAUCUGCGCUGUACAGGCCCAAGCUAUAAUCCGAGUCCAGUGCUAUUUGCAGUUCAUUAGGAGAGGUAGUUUCACAGCUCACGUGUCACUGUGAUGAUGUUUGUCCUUAUGUAUUUGAAUGACUUGUUUCCUAAGAAUCACACACUGACUUAUUUCAGCAAAUGUCUGUUGUUCAGCGAUUCAGGAGGUGAUCAUGGAAGAACAUUGCUUCAGCUCCAGGGCCUGCAUUCCUGGUUGUGUUCCUAAUAAGCACUUCUAUUUUUACACACAUCUCAGCUUAGUCUCACCAAGUGCUCCCUCUGUGGAAUACGUAGGAACCGAGGGGCAGGUCUGGCUUGCACACCAAGGCCUAAUAUCAAGAUUGAUUUUGCAGGGUCAGCAAGAUGGCUCAGCAGAGAAGGGCUCUUGCUGCCAACCAAACUUGACUAUGUGAGUUCAGUCCCUGAGAUCCACAUGAUUAAAGGAGAGAACCAACUCCUCAAAGUUGUACUGUAACUUACACACACACACACACACACACACACACACACACACCACAAUGAAAUGCACACACCUACCCACACACAGAAUAAAUAAAUGUUUACUUUUG